UCACCGUACCUCAUGUUAGUAGAACACUUUUCUAUUGAGGUAACCGCUUGAUACCGUAAUACUAUUAGCAUCUCGUUCUUCCAUGGGAGUGCCCUAGUGAUGUACCUUACGCGCGCCAUGCCUUCGCCAGCCAGUUUGCCCGCCAACGCGUCCCAACGACGCCGCGUCGCGAGUACCAUAGACAUUAUAGACGACCCGGAUACGUUUCCCGAUUCCCGCUUUUAAGAUGUGGUGGUUUAUCCUGCUGGUGGCGCUGGCCACGGCCCGCGGGCAGGACACGUGCCAGUCCGGCCCCGAGCCCCAAUACCUGCUCUUCGGCACCAAGACCGCCUACAACUACGUCAACAGGAACCUGCCCAAUCUGAGCCCGCAGACUAUACCUGGAUGUGAGGCGAAAGCUAUCUGGCUACUGAACCGGCACGGUGCUACCAAUCCAGAGGCGGGUGAACUGCCUCAGCUGCAGCACUUGACAACCUUCCGGGACAACGUUGUGAAGAACUACCACAAUGGCUACAACAAGGAGCCCAGAAUGUGCCUCGGCGACCAAUCGCUGCUCGCUCGCUGGGCGUGGAAUCCGCGGCAGAACCUCACGUUCGCCGGGGACCUCACGACCAACGGCUACAUGCGCACUGAGGAGCUGGCACAGAGCUGGGUUUCCCGCUAUCCUAGUCUUCUGACUGACAACAAGCAUGAUUACUUGUUCAAGUUCGCGAAAGACAAGCGUUCCUCGGAGUCCUUCCACGCCUUCACUGCGGGCCUGUUCAGAUCGCGCCCCGAAGAUCUCGACUUGCCGCAUGAAAAUAAUGAGGAACUGCUUAAGCCGGACAAAUUCUGCCCAGCGUGGAGCAGAGACAUCGGAGACAGCAAUGAGACCCUCAGACAGCGGGACAUCUUUGAGUCCAAGCACGAGUGGGCGGAGAUGGUGAGCAACAUAUCUUCGCGCCUUGGCUUCACGUACGACAUCGACCGUAGCAUCAUUAAGAACAUCUACCAGAUGUGCCGCUACAACAAGGCUUGGGACAUCACGCAGAUAUCGCCCUGGUGCUCGGCGUUCUCCCGCGAAGACCUCCGACGUUUCGAGUAUGCCGAAGACCUGGAAACCUUCUACAAGUAUGGCUACGGUUCUGAAACCAGCCCCAAGCUGGCCUGCCCGCUGAUCAAGGAUAUGAUGGAUUUCUUCAAUAAGCAUGUCAACGCAAAUGUUCCCCAGCAGCCGGUCUCGCAGAUCCUGUUCGGCGAGUCCCCAGCCUUGCUUCUACUGACAGGUGCUUUAGGCGGCCGCCGCGACGAGGCGCCUCUCACCGGGGACAACUUCCACACGGUCCCGACUCAGAGUCGGAAAUGGAGCUCAUCUGCCGCCUCGCCUUUUAACGGGAACAUUGCCGCUGUUCUGUACAAAUGCAACCCCAACGGCAAAUUCGGCUACAAGGACCGUCACCAGAUCCUCUUCCUCCAGAACGAGCAAACCAUGGACCUGCCUUUCUGCAAGGUGGGCCUCUGCGAGUGGCCCGACCUCAAGGUCCGCCUUGGCGACAUCGCGAGCAAAUGCAACCUAGACUUCUGCAGCGGAGCCCCGGCUCUGAGCAGCAUUGUGGCUUUAAUUGUUGGUUUGUUUGCGUUCUUUCUGAGAUAUCUGUAG